GAAGGCGCUAUCAUUCAUUCUUUGGCCUGGAGUUUUGUUAAGUACUGGGUUGCUUUACGGAAAAAUGCUGUUCUCUUUUGGGAUGAAACUACUCUGUUUAGACUUGUCUGUGGUUAUCAGGCUGUAGAAUCAUUAACUUGAUACAGAGGGAGCCACUGGCAACUCAGGUUUUCAAGAGACCCGUGAAAAGGAAACGGAGUCUCUCCAUCGGACUGGGUAAACUCACAAAGGAUUUUACGACUUUGUUGCAGAUACUGAGUGUUAAAGAAACUUUCCAGGUGUUUUGUUUUGUCUUGCUAGUUUUAAAGGAAUGCCUAAAGAAAACCAGAGGAAACGCCGACACAUGCUGAGGUGGCUGGAGGAAGAGGCAGCAGAAUUCUUUUGUCUGUAGAAUGAAGUUGGAAACGCAAUUCCCAGGUGAUCAGUGGAAUUUUGCAAGAGGACAAUGUGUAUGAGAAUAUGCAAGAGUCCCAGGAGACCCACAUGUCCAGCCACCUAGACGAAGUCAUUGCUGCAGUCAGCGUCACUUCGAAAAACAGGAUCCCGAAUAAGCUGCUUCAGACAGCACUGUUCCAGCCCCCUCGAGAGAAACUCCACCUGUGCGAAGAGAGAGCAAAGUCCUACUCCAGCAGCCGUGAGUACAAGCAGGCCAUCCAGGAGCUUGUGCGCUGUGUGGCACUAACGAGAAUUUGCUAUGGCGACUCGCAUUGGAAGCUAGCAGAGGCAUAUGUUAACCUGGCUCAGGGUUACCUGCAGCUGAAAGGGUUGUCGCUACAGGCAAAACAACAUGCAGAAAGAGCCAAAGAAAUCCUGGCCAACUCCAUCGAGAGUCCCUACCACAACAAAACAGAUAUCUUCAAGUGUUCUCUAGAGCUUUUCUAUACCAUGGGGAGAGCCCUGGUGUCCCUCCAAAAAUUUAAAGAAGCCUCAGAGAACUUGAUAAAAGCAGAGAGACUUUCCAAGGAGAUGCUGCAAUGUGGGAACAUUAUAAAGGAAGAGUGGAUAGAAAUCCAGUCUCGGAUCAAGCUGUCGUUUGCACAGUUGUAUCAAGGUCAGAAAAGAUCAAAAGAAGCUUUCCCGUACUAUCAAAAGGCUUUAGAAUAUACCGAGAUCACCAAAGAUGAAAAAAGUCUUGAGUGUGUACAAGUACUGAGGGAACUGGCAGGUGUGGAGCAAGCCUUGGGACUCUACGAUGCCGCCAUCAGUCAUUUCUCACGGGCACACCUCAUCAUCCUGAGCAAAGACCCCUCCCCAGAGGAGGCUGCAGACUCUGCACACUUUAUUGCCCGGGCUGCCGCUGCUUCUGGGAUGCAUGACCACCGUGAUGUGGCCGAGAAAUUUUUUCAGGAAAGCAUGACUUGUAUCAAGGAUUCUGAAGGAGCAGAAAGAGCCAAGUUCCUUUCGAUUCAAGAUGAAUUUUGCAGUUUUCUGCAAAGCACUGGACAAAAAGAAAGAGCAGCCACCAUCCUGAGAGAGUCCCUGGAAGCCAAAAUAGGAACAUUUGGUGAUUUCAGUCCUGAGGUGGCAGAAACGUACCGGGUCCUGGGCAGGGCAGACCUGGCACAGGGAAACAACAGUGGAGCAUGCAUGAAGCUAAAGAAGUGUGUCCAGAUUGAGACGUUCUUGUAUGGAUCACAGGACAAGAAGACCAUGGCCACCCAGCACACCAUAGACACACUGUCCAAGAUUUCCGAGGCUCCCGUGAAGUCAAAGCAAUCACUGAAAGCCAAAGUAGCAUUCUGUACCAGUGCCCCCCAGCACACGAUGCCAGGCAAGGCCAGGCACAAUGUAGCAGACUGAUGCCCCCAUGUGCCGCCCCAAAGAAAGCUCCAAGAAGACUUGGCACUGCUUUUAGGAGGCUGAACAAACCUCUUUCCAGCUUGAAGGUGGGGUUUAGCAGUCACUGCAGAUUUUUAAGGCUGCCUGCUUCAGAAUGCAACGGCAGUUCCAUGAAUCUUCCACAUCCCAAUUGUGAUCACCCUUCAGGGUGAUGCGGUGUUUUGGUUAUUUUCUUUCACCAAGGAGAAUUUCCGCUGUCAUCCCCGCUGUGGCCGAAACACUCUUCCGAAGCUGGAGCUUCUUUAACAGGAAAGGAGACUCACCUGAUGACAGGCAGGGCUCCUGCCCGAUCCAGAGCCACAUCUGGGGCAGUGAGACCCUGCAACAAGCCUCCCUUAUAGGAAAGUAAUAGUAACUGAGAAGAAAAUACCAAUAAAGAGAAACCUGUGCUAAUAUCA